UAAGUAUGUACAUACAAAAUCCAAUUUUUUGUUAAAAAUUUAAUCAUGAAUGAUGAUGAGAAAAAUGCUAUUAUUCAAGAACUUAAUUUUAAGAUCGGAAGUGAUAUUAACGAAUUGGGUAGUACAUUUGCUCUGGAAAGUGAGUUAGCUGAUAAAAGAGAUAAACUUUUAAGCUGUCUAACGGUGGCCAACAAUGAGGUGCCUACAAAAUUAUCAGUUGCAAUUAAAAAUGCUGAAGUUAAUUCAAUGCAAAUACAAAACUUGAAAGUAAUAAGUAAUGAGUUGAGAAAAAGAGUUGCAGUAUUCUUGGAGCAGACAGAACCAUUACGAGCUGAAAUGGAAAGAAAGUUUCAUGCUAUAAAUAAGUUAUAUGAAAUAAUUGAAUAUUUGAGAUCUUUUGAGAAAGUAGAUGAUUUAAGUCGACAAAUGAAACAGAGUAGUGAUGAUGAACAACUUGUGCUACUAUAUGGUGAACUGAAGCAUAUGUGCCAAUUAUACCAGAAGGGUCACAGAGGAAACUAUGUAAAGGAAUACACUCACUAUUGGCAUAAUGUGCUAAAAGAUAAACUGACACAACACUUUGAUGAGGUAAUGAAAUUACUGAAAUGGCCUUUUAUAAGUGGAGCUGAACAUUCCCCACCUCCCAAAGAAGUUAUGAUUAAGUUCACAAAUCUCAUUAGAUAUUUGUUUUUGAUUGAAGAACCUGAAGACUUGAACAUAAAUGCUGCUGUUGCCCAAGAUUUUGGUCAAGAACUAAACCCAUGUUUGCCUGUUCGUGUUCUCUUAAGGCCGUUAAAGAAGAGAUUUGCAUUUCAUUUCAUGGGGUCCAGACAGACAGCUCGCAUUGAUCGACCAGAGUGGUUUCUCACUCAAACAUUAACCUGGAUAAAGGACCAUCAGAACUUUGUUCAAAAUAAUGUACAACCAGUUGCUGAUAAACUUGAACUGGACAAUGUUAAUGCAGUGGAUCAAUUCAAUGCUGGUCUAAUAUCGCUAGCUGCAGAAAGACUUCACUCAAUUAUAGCUUUGUAUCAUACACAAGGCACCAAAAGGGAGGUAGUCGAUGCAGAUGCCGCAUUCGCACAUGCUGUCGACGAAAUACUAGGAUUUAAUAGAGAACUGAGUACACUGACCGGAAAAGAAAUAAAUAGUAUACUCUCGGUGCUGACUAAGGCGGAGACUUUUGUAAGGUGGUUGGCAGUUGAGAAGAAAUAUGCACUAAGUAAAAUGGAUGAGAUAUUGGGCAGCGACCAGUGGACCGAGCCCGUGGUGACGGGGACGGGCGUGGCUACGGGCGCCAUUUUGUGGGUGCCGCGGGCUGCCGACUGGUUCGUCACACUACUAAAGACUAUCGAGGACAGAUACGCUGUGUUGCCACAGCCUGGACACAGAUUACAGUUUCUAGAACUUCAGCUAGAGCUGCUGGAGGAGUGGCGCAUUCGCUUAACGCAGCUGCUCAGUGCGGCCAUGGACUCGCUAGUGCCUGAAACGUUCCUGUCGCCGGGACCCACGUCGCAUCCCCUCAUAGCGGUCACCAAUACGGCCCAUCACUCGCGGAUCGUGCUGCUGCAGUGGGCUAACUCAUUGCAUUACCUCCAGUUGCACUACUACAGGCGGCAGUUCCAGCACUUCACACAGCAACAGCACCAUGAAGAUAGCUCGAUUUCGUCUUCAAGCUCUGAUGAUGAUGAUGACGAUGACGACAGCAGCGAAGGACACACUAAGAAAGCUUCUAGAGCAGACGAAACGAUGUCCUUAAAAGAAGUCGAACUGCGAGCGAAGAAGCUCGCGCUGAAUGAAAUGAUACGGAGGGAUUCGAUGAUACACGAGCAACUGUACGACAUCACUGCUCCGAUAGCAAACCUCGCCGUCACCGAACCUCUGUCAGGUGACGAGGAUAUGGAAGAAGCGGGAGUAUUCGCCGAAGCACCAGCUUUACUAUCUCGGUUACUUAAUGCGGCCUUAGACGCGAUUUCUGAACACAUAACAUUAGAAUUCAAGGCCAGUAUAAGGGACUACAAGAAACAAAAGUGGCACAAUCUGCCCGUAGUCGAGGAGCUGGCGCUGACGGUGUCGCCGGCACUGUGCGCGCCGCUGUCCGGGCUGAGCGCGCGGCUGUCGUCCGUGAGCGCGCGGCUGGCUCCCUGCCUCGCCGUGAGACUCCGAGCGCAAUUAGCCACUAACGUCGACCGAUGUUUGUUUGAGGCGGUGGUACUAGAGAAUUGGUUCAACACCGGCGGCACUAUGCAGUUCACGUUUGACGUGAAACGAAAUCUAGUCCCUACGUUCGCUCCGCCGAGCAAAGUGGCCUCGCAAAUGAAUCAAUUGCCCAAGUUGCUCGAGUCCUGUAAACUCCUGAAUCAGGACUACGAGGACGCUCGACGUCUCCGCGACAUGCUGGAGAGGAAGCCGGAGCUGGCAAGAGACUUUCUGGGCAACCAGGGCAUUACCUCGAUCACAGGGAUGGAAGCACUACAGAUACUGAACCAGAGAACGGACCUGUGCGACACUAACAGCGCAGCUUCUGUGCUGGAACUAUUCUGAGAGUUCGAGGGAGGAUACCGGUAAAGCAACCAAUAGUAAUCGACGUACCAAUUUGGUUUUCUGGAUUCUAUUGUUUCUUAACUGAACUGAUAUAAAGAUCAAAUUAAACGUUGUGUUUUAAAAAUAUUGAAUCAAUUAAAAAUGAAUUUUAUUUAUGUAUUUUUUACAUAGAUUAGUGGAACAGCUAACGACUCAUCAUUAAGUGAUUGCCAGAGUCCAUAGACAUUAACUACAUAAAUGCCACCCACGUUAAGAAAUUAGUUGUAAGUAUCGAUUUUACAGUACAGCGGCUGCCCCACCCUUCGAUCUAAAACGCAUUACUGCUUCACGGCAGAAAUAGGCAGGGUGGUAGUACCUAC